AUGGCCGGCGCCGCGUUCCCGGCUGUCGUUUUGUCCCUCCUCGGCGCCGCCACUUUCUUGGUGGGCUCUGCGUCGGCGGCGUGGCAUGCGCAGGUGUUCGUGGUCGGCGGCGAGCCGAGGGGGUGGAGGAAGCCGACGGCGCCCAACGAGGAGAGCUACAACCACUGGGCCGUCAGGAACCGCUUCCACGUCGGCGACUUCCUCCAUUUCAAGUACGACAAGAACGACUCGGUGCUGGUGGUGACCCGCGACGCGUACCAGCUCUGCGUCGUGGACAAGCCGACGCUGCAUUUCGAGGGCGGGGACACCAGGUUCCGCCUCGACCACAGCGCCUUCUACUACUUCAUCAGCGGCGCGGAAGGCCACUGCGACGCGGGGCAGCGGAUGACCCUGCGCGUCAUGGUGCCGCAGCAGGGCGACGGCAGCAAGGCGCCCGCCCCGGCCGAGGCGCCCGCCGCCGCGAUGUCGCCAGGCGGAGAGGACGACGAAGGCGGGACGUUUGAUCCGCCUCCCGGCCCUCGUCGUUCUUCCCCGCCAGGGUCCGGCGGGGCCGGGUCGUCGUCUCCUGGCUCGGGCUCCGGCUCCGUGUCGAGGCCGCCGCCGCACGUGGCGCCAGGUGCCGAUGGGAAUAAGACUAGCGCUGCUGGGUCUAUGCACGACGCGUCGUCGUCGCCGUCGCUUCGUGGGCAUCGCGUCGUCCUUGGGGUUGCUCUGGCCGAGCUGCUGCUGUUCUUGGCCGCUUGA